CAGAGUCCCAAAGCUCUUUUCUUGCUGCCUGGUGCUGAGGACUCCGUCUUCCCAGGGUGGAGCUCCGAAAUCUGACUCCACCCUUACAAAAGAGGGUCCAUGCCCUGCCUCUUAGUAAUAAACCCUGACUCCACCCCUUUAUUGAUAGGCUCUGGCUCCACCUUCUGGACUACGCCUCCUCUGAAGAAAUGCCCUGGCUCCGCCCCUUCCGGGUAAUAGGUAAGCCCCACCCCUAGCGCGUGACGGUGUCCCUGUGACGUAACGUACCGGUCAGUUUCCGGGGUGGAGCCAGGGAGGGUGGGCGUUUAGGCUGCGCCGACCCCUCAGCCCCCCUCCAGGAGACGUUCGGAACCCAGGACAUGUCUGGAUUGAGGAGAUACGAGGUGGCGCUGGAGGCUGAGGAGGAGAUCUACUGGGGCUGUUUCUACUUUUUCCCCUGGCUGCGCAUGUGGCGGAGGGAGCGGAGCUCAGCGCACCCUCGGGAGCAGAAGCUGGAGCCUCUGCGGGGCCUGAUGAGCUGUCUGUCAAGCGGACUGGGCACUGCUCCCCAGCGCUCCGGUCGCAGCCUCCCCCGCCGCACCCCCGCUGCCACUGCCCAGCCAGCCGGUGCAUUAAAGAUUUAAACC